CCUCUUGGGGGAUGGGGCGGGGUCGGCCUGGGCCACCUCCCUCAUUCUCCCCGCGGGCCGAGCCGCCCCUCUCUCCCGCCCCUCCUCCUCCCUUUCCCACCCCUCGGAGUGGAGCUGCACAUGCGGCAGCUCUCUGCUCUGUUCCGCCCAGCCUCCGUUGCUCUGGAACGGGUCCCUGCAGCCCCCAGCCGAUGGCAGGGCAGUAGCCGCCUGUCAGGGGUCCUGAACGGCUGAGGCAGACGCUGCGGCUCCAGGGCCUCAGAGUGUGGGUGUCUCCGGAGGCCAUGGGCUACCCAGAGGUAGAGCGCAGAGAACCUCUGCCCACGGCAGCGCCGCGGGAGCGGGGGAGCAAGGGCUGCGGCUGUCGCGGGGCCCCUGCCCGGGCGGGCGAAGGGAACAGCUGCCGGCUCUUCCUGGGUUUCUUUGGCCUCUCGCUGGCCCUCCACCUGCUGACGUUAUGCUGCUACCUAGAGUUGCGGUCCGAGUUGCGGCGGGAACGGGGAGCCGAGUCCCGCCUUGGCCCCAGCACCCCUGGCACCUCUGGCACCCUGAGCAGCCCCGGUGGCCUUGACCCUGACGGUCCCAUCACCCGCCACUUCAGGCAGCCAUCACCUCAGCAGCAGCAGCCGCUGGAACCGGGAGAAACCACACUCCCCCCACACUCCCAGGACGGGCACCAGAUGGCCCUUCUGAAUUUCUUCUUCUCUGAUGAAAAAUCAUACUCUGAAGAGGAAAGUAGGCGUGUUCGCCGCAAUAAAAGAAGCAAAAGCAGUGAAGGUGCAGAUGGUCCAGUUAAAAACAAGAAAAAGGGAAAGAAGGCAGGACCUCCUGGGCCCAAUGGCCCUCCUGGACCUCCAGGACCCCCAGGACCCCAGGGACCCCCAGGGAUUCCAGGAAUUCCUGGAAUUCCAGGAACAACUGUGAUGGGACCACCUGGCCCUCCAGGUCCCCCUGGUCCUCAGGGACCCCCUGGCCUACAGGGACCUUCUGGUGCUGCUGAUAAAGCUGGACCUCGAGAAAACCAGCCAGCUGUGGUGCAUCUACAGGGCCAAGGGUCAGCAAUUCAAGUCAAGAAUGAUCUUUCAGGUGGAGUGCUCAAUGACUGGUCUCGCAUCACCAUGAACCCCAAGGUGUUUAAGCUACAUCCCCGCAGCGGGGAGCUGGAGGUACUGGUGGACGGCACCUACUUCAUCUAUAGUCAGGUAGAAGUCUAUUACAUCAACUUCACUGACUUCGCCAGCUACGAGGUGGUGGUGGACGAGAAGCCCUUCCUGCAGUGUACCCGCAGCAUUGAGACAGGCAAGACCAACUACAACACUUGUUACACCGCAGGAGUCUGCCUCCUCAAGGCCAGGCAGAAGAUUGCCGUGAAGAUGGUACAUGCCGACAUCUCCAUCAAUAUGAGCAAGCACACCACCUUCUUUGGGGCCAUCAGGCUGGGCGAGGCCCCUGCAUCCUAGAUUCCCCCCAUUUUCUGCCAUGCUCCCGCCCCUGCCCCAGAGCUGGGAGCUGGGACUCCCAGAACCUCUCAGUGCUGCUGUGGAAUGAGGUGUGAUGGGUAUCGCAGCCACAGAGAUAGAUAAUCCAGGGCUAUUUAUUCCCCAGUGACUCCAGGAUGAUGAGGAGGCCCGCUUGACUUUCCAGAAUGACCUUGAGUUCACAGGAGGGUUGAUGGAGCCCCAGGGUUUGUAGGAAGCAGGACCUUCUUCCUUGGCUCCGUGUCAGCUGGCUUAUGGCUCGACUCUUCAACCUCAAGGUUGCUUUUGUCAGAGUGAUUGUUUCUUGCACUAAGGUGGGGAGUCCAGGGCAGCAGGCAAGAGAAAGCAAAAGUGGACUCCAGACUGUGGGGGCAAGCCUCUGACCCUAAAGGGGCUGCUGUUCCUCUCUUGGGUAGGGCUGGCGGCAAGGGUGGCGCGGGAGGGGAGCAGUAAAGCCUAAGCAGAUGGAUGGGGAGGGGAAAGGCAGGCACUGGUGGCAGAGACCCAGGGAGAAACCUGCCAAACCUCAGGGUCCAGAGGAACAGGGCAGGGGGUCUCUUCCCACCCUUCCCACUCAGGCUGUGAGCCAGCUCACAGCAACUUGCUGGGCUUUGGGGGCAGGAGGUUGGCAGGGAAUAGCCAUACACCCCCUGCUGGGAGCCUGCUCAAGAACCUGAAGGCAGACUUGGGGCCCUGUGUCUUCCACUUUGUUUACAACCAUGUUCCACACUCAGAAAAAUCUCUGGGUUCCUUUCCAAUUGCCCCCUUUCCCAGCCGGACCAGAACUCCUGUCUUCUUUCUCCACAGAGCCUACCUCUGUCUAAGACAGGUGCCUCCCCUGGGACCUGUGCUUAUGUGAGUCUGGGACACUCUUCCCAUGACCUGGGCGCAAAGAGUCUUUGCCGUUUAUUAAGCGACACAAAUAUUCAUCUAGUCGAGUUGUGUCUGGGGCAAAGGGUUGGACUGGGUGACCUCCGGGAAUCCCUUCAAAUUCAAAUACUUAGGCAGCUUCCAGGAUAGCCUACAAAAAUUCCCAAACCCCAGCCUACCCCCUAGGCAUCAGCAAGGCAGAAAUUCUCUGCCUGACCCCAAAAGGGCAAGAAGUGGGGUUUUUUCUUCUCAAGGUUGCUGUGGCCUAAGUGGCCAUGAGCCAAGGUGCUAUCCAAAAGGACAGCCACCAAUGCCCUGCAGACCCACCUUUCCUCACUCUGGCUUCAGAAAGCCAUAGCAGAAUCACCAGAGAUUCCAGGGCCGUUCACCUGAAUCCAGGCUCAAGAAAAGCCAGCAUCUAGGCAUCAGGCAAGGCUCUGCCCCAUAACCAGGUCCAAAGAUCCCUUACCCACCCACCCACCCACCCCCCGACCCCAAGUUCCCCACUGGAUCACAUAGUAGGACCAUUCAAGGGCCUGAUCUCUCACUGCCAGGGGCCAGCCUGGUUUUAGGAUGCUGGGUCUAGCCCAAAACUAGGGAGGGCCAACGUUGUACAGUCCGCUAAUUUUGCUCCUGAAACAAAUUUCCUUUGGAGGAGAGGAGAGAAGGGGAGAGGAGAGGAGAAGGAAGGGGAAAGGAGGGGAGGGGAGGGAAGAGGAGAGGAAAGGAAGGGAGGGGAGGGGAGGGGAGGGGAGGGGAAGGGAGGGGAGAAGGGACUUAUUCUUCAGGCAGCUGAAAUCCACCAAGAACUGGUACUCAUUUCUCCACUGUACCUUCCCUUUCCAAACAGCCAUAAUGCUCGCCCCAUGGCAGGUCCAGACCAGAGUGGCAGGCUAUGCCACCAUUGUCUGGUUGCUAAUGACAGCCUUGCAACUCCAAGUGGGGUGAACUUGAGGCAUGCAUCUGGCCCAGGCUCCUGGAAAGUACCUUAGACUGCCCUGAGUUGUAGCAAGAACUGAAGGGAACCUCUCCUUAAAGUCUGGAAAGUACUUUCUCAUUAUCUCCUUUGAGGAUACUAUGAAUCCCAUUGUGUAGACAGGGCCCGGAGAGGUGAAGUGCUUUUCCAGGAUCCCCACCAGUUUAGGCCACGGCCCGGGGCUUCGGCCAGAUCCACCUCCAGAGCUAUUCCAUUAUGCAGCAUUGUGUUGAACUUGCAGUCUAGAGAGAACCAACAAAAAUGGGAAUAAGGACCCCAGAUACUUUAGCAUCCCAGAGAGAAACCCAGAGGUGCUUGUUUUCGUUCCUUGAUAGUAAUUCCUUGGUGUUCUUUUGGUUCCCGGGGACUUUGUGGCAAAAAGAGUAGGACAUUUCUUUGGGAAACUGCCAUCAGCCUUAGGGCUCUUGUGGUCAGAAUUGUCUCGGUGCCAUGUCGAAGCAGCAGGCCUCCAGUACCCCCAGAACUAUACCCCUCAUGCUCUUCCACCCACCCAUUGGGUACUGGAGCCCCUGCCAUGCGCAAGGGCCUCCACUGGUUACCGUACAGACAGGUCACGGGAGCUGGUCCACUUCCCACAGCUACUCAGUGGCUCCUUGGUUCUUCCUAACAUCCCACGGAGGGCUUUGUUCUACCAGGAUGUCUCCUGAUGAAGGAAAGGCCCCAGAGAGAGGCCUGGCUCUAAAGCCAGAUGUGUGUGAGGAGAGGGGAGGAGGAGGCUUCCGAACUGUACCCCUGAAGGACAUUCUGACUCCCUUCCGGAGGUCCAGAUAAGGAGGGGGGAUUAUAGGGGCGAUAGGCCUUCUCAUGGGACCCUGUCUUCAUUGUGAACCCUCCAAAGGAACUAGAGGGAAGGAGGCGAGGACAGAAGCAAUAGACAGCUGGGGACCCUGUUGCAGUGAGCUCAUCAACAAUGUGGUGAAACAAUUUACUAGCAAGAGGAUGUGGGAAUAGAUUUACGGUCUGAAAUGGCGCUGAUGUGAGUUCAUCAGAGGGCCGGGGCUAGUACGGGGAAUGGGAUGAGGACAUUUGUGUGAGCAAGCAGAUGGCAGAGGUUUGAAGGAGAAUUGCAUGGCUGGGGCCUUGGCCAGCUGCUUGGGCUUCAGCGGCCAAGGCCAGCCUAAAAGCCAGCCAUUGGGGGCUGUUCACCUCCUAGUUCCUUGGGAAAUGUCAUCUUUGCCUUCUGGCCCCCCUCAUCAAUCCUGAGCCAGAUUCCUUUCACCCGAAGCAGGAAAGGGCUAAGAAGCCUGGAGGCGAGCAGAGGUUGGAUCCCUGUGCAAGCACGUAUGUUUUCUGUAACUUCCAGUGGAUGCGAAUAGAGUCAGAGAACUUUAGAGGGAGCCCCAGAGGCCCAGAGAUGGAAGGUCAUCUGGCCAAGUGACCGAGCCCUGACCUGCCGACUCAAAAGAGUGAGGGGGUGGAGCAGCCUCUGUCCUGCCCCGAGCCCUCCCUUCUUCUACCCCCAGACUCAAGACUGGAAGUGCUGGGCCCCCUUCAGGAGCCCAGCCAGGCAGGGGAGAGAGUCCCUUUAGGGGCCAUCAGAACUCUUUCCCCCUCCCCCCAGGCAUUCUCCCUACAGUGUUCUCUGUACUGGAAGGCUCUGGACUGGCCCAAUACCAGGAAGUCCUAGGCUACCCAGGCUCUCCCUCGAGCCUGGCCCGGAGGCUCCCCUAGGCCACAGUGAGCACAAAGAAGGAAGUGGAUUGUUUCUUUUAACGCCCUUGGGGGCUCUCUCCAGGGGGACUCGGGGUGUGUCAUUUAUUGAUUCAAAAAACUUCCAUCUGGGGUGGGGGGGUGGGCUUUGUGGUGAGAAUGGCCUGGAGCAGGCCCAGUGCUGCUUUGGGGGGUCGGCAUCCAGUGUGAGAUACUAUGUACAUAAACUAUAUAUAAUGUAUAUAAACUGGGAUGUAAGUUUGUGUAAAUUAAUGGUUCGUUCUUGGCAAAUAAAGCUUUUUUUUUCUUUCGCC